GGUGAAUGCAAUAUUUCCGAGUAUCUCCCCACAUGUUGAAAAAUGGAAACAAACAACAUACCACAUGUCCAAGCCAGAUUCUUUACAAAACAACCUCAGUUUUCAGUUCCAUCUGCACCAUUUUCUGUUCAAGCACAAGUUGGAACAUGUGACCUGAGUUCAUUGAUAAACAGUCUAUUAAAUGAGGGCGAUGGUGAGAAGACAAAUGUUGAUUUUGAUUUUUUAAUUGAUGGAGAAUUUCUGCGACUAAACUUAGAUAAGCAUCUAGAAAACAAAGGCAUAUCAACAGAGUCAUUGGUUGAUAUAGAAUACAUUGAAAAACAACAAGCUCCAGAACCAGAAGACUCACUAGUACACGAUGACUGGGUCAGUUGUAUACAGGGCUGUAAAGACUGCAUUUUGUCUGGGUGCUAUGACAACACAGUUAGACUAUGGUCAGUUAAAGGUAGUCCAUUUUUGACGAUCCCAGGACACUCAGCUCCUGUCAAGUGUGUUCAAUGGAUAACAGAUGAUGAUUCCACGGUGAAAACAUUUAUGUCAGGAUCACAUGAUCAGACAAUCCAUAUAUGGCAGUGGGACAGUGAAUCUAACUCAGUAGACUGUGUUGCUGCAUGUCGUGGACAUGCUGGUAGUGUGGAUUGUAUAAAUAUUGACCACACUAAACAAAGGUUUUGCAGUGGAUCCUGGGACAAAAUGUUAAAACUCUGGUCAGCAGAGUGUGAGGCUGUAGAAGAUGAAGAUCAAGAAGAUGUUCCUCAUAAGAAAAGAAAAACAUCAAGAAGAAAAGUGCAGACUCGGGUACCAAUCUUGACCCUGUCUGGUCACAACGAAGGUAUAUCAGCAGUAGAAUGGAUAGACACCAAUCAAAUCUGUACCUCAUCAUGGGAUCACACAAUCAAAACAUGGGACCUAGAACAAGCCGAGGAAAUCUCAUCACUGCAAGGAUCAAAAGUAUUUUUAGACAUGAGUUAUUCUCCAUUAAACAGACAAAUAGUAACUGGAUCAUCUGAUAGACAUGUUAGACUGUGGGAUCCAAGAAGUUCAGAUGGUGCUUUGGUAAAGAGUAUAUAUACAUCACAUACAGGAUGGGUGUCUAGUGUUUGUUGGUCCAAAACAAAUGAAUUCCUGUUUAUUUCUGGUUCUUAUGAUUCAGUAAUGAAACUUUGGGACACUAGAAGUCCAAAAGCCCCAUUAUACAACAUGACAGGCCAUGAUGAGAAAAUCCUAGCUGUUGAUUGGUCAAUACCAUCAUCCCUGUUGUCUGGUGGAGCUGAUAACCAUCUAAAAAUAUUUCAGUAUAAACAAUAAAAAAUAGUGAAACUAUUAAA